AUGCAGGCAGCUGGAGAGGCAGGCAAGGAUGUUGGAGGAGCUCAAGUAUUGGCAACGGAAAAGUCUUCUGAGGUCGAAACUGACAUCAGGUACGCCAUCAUAGGGAUGGCGCUGGGCUUCGCCAUAUCGGCCUGCUCGCUGGCCCUGAAGAUCUGCAUGAUCAAGAAGCACCUGUUCGACUACGACUCCUCAGACAUGAGGAGCAUGAACGUGGGCGUCAACGAUACCAUCAUGCUAAAGAAGAGAGCCCCAAGGUAA